AUGGCUAUGGCAGCAAGCUCCCGUAGCUCUCGCUCCGCUGAUGACGAGGAAGAAGAAGGCGAAAUUCUUAGCGAUGGUUCUGAUGAGGUGGAGGAGAUUCCGCCCCCUAAGCCCGUUCCGGUCCAAGAGAAACCCAAACCCAUCUCGGUCAUUGGCGCAUCAACGAAUAACUUCCAUUCCACAAUUGUCAAGAAAACGACCAAACCAGAUACUGCAACUAAAAUAUCUCCUUUCCAACCGGGUGUAUUCCCUUCUCUGCCAGUUCGCCCGUUUACUAGCGAACAAAACGCUAUGAUACAGAGAGGGCUUCCUACUUUCCCACGUAACGGUCCCUUUGCAGCACCAAUAUCGCCAUGGGCUUCGAAUUUUCCUCCUCCAGCUCGACCUGUGCAAGGUAUUGUUUGGUCGUUGAGAUUCGAUUUAAAUUAAUU